ACUGGUGGGUCACAACACUUAGCUCUCAAAACACGAUUCAGCCCAGAAGUCGGGUAGAAGCGUUUCAAAACUGCGGCAAGAAAGAUCCACGACUUACGACCACAAUGGAGCCCAAAAUGUACGUUGUUAAGUGAGACAUUUGUGGCAAGGGUUUUGCAAAUCAUUGAGUGGCCGUUCAAAGUUACAACAUCGCUGGGAAAAAAGUGACUCUUGACCAUGUUUCACACUUACGACCAUUGCAGCACCUUCACAUAAUCAAAAUUCAAGUGCUUGGCAACGGAUUCAUCGUUAUGACGGUCUCAUAGUGUCCUGAGUGACACGUGAUCCCCUUUUGCAGCCUUCCGACGAACAAAAUCAGUGGGGCAGCCGGAUUCCCGGAACAAGGGUGUUAUUAACAACGGCAGUGAUUCACUUAACAACGGUGGCGAGGAAAGCUGCAGAAAUGGGGCAAACCUCGCUUAGCACAUGUCUCACUUAGCAACAUAAAUUUUGGGCUCGAUUGUGGUGGGAAGUCGAGGGCUACGGGUAUUGUGGAUUUUUUUAAUGUUGUAAGCCUCUUGGAGCCACUUAGGUGUUUUUUAAUAUUAAUAUGCUUUGGGCAGCAUUUACACUUGCAUAAUAACUUAAUAAAGUAAAUGUAUGGGUAGGAUUUCUCACAUGGGGCCUUGGGGGGCCCUGAUGUGGUGAGUAGCAGCUUUUGAAUUCAGGGCGAGAUGCAUCCUGUUCCACUCACCUUGUUUUCCCCAAUCCUUUCAUUUUGCAGGGUCUUCAAGAAAGCCAGCCCCAAUGCCAAGCUCACCGUUUACCUGGGCAAGAGAGACUUCGUCGACCACAUAGAUCUCGUCGACCCGGUUGAUGGUGUCGUGUUGGUGGACCCAGAAUACUUAAAAGAGCGGAAAGGUAAAAUAAUUGAUGAUUUAUUCUUAAAUUUAUCUAGCAACCCAACUCACACACAGUGGCAACGGGCCAUGUUAAAAAUCCCACUUAAAAAAUCACCAUUUAAAACACUCUCACUUCCAUCUCAGGAGGUUGGAUCCAAAAACAAGCCGCGUGAUUUACACACUUCGAGCUACGCAAUUUGGGGUGAAGACCCUUGGAAUGGG